AUGGCUCUUGUCGCUAAAUCGGAAGAAACCGAGAUAAAGAAGCCUCAACGGGUCAAGACGCCCCAAUGGGUCUCCCUUGUGUCCGGCGGAGUUGCGGGCGGAGUGGAAGCCGCCAUCACGUAUCCAUUCGAAUACUCAAAGACUCGUGUUCAAUUGCUGGACAAUAGCGCUAUCCGGACAUCUAAUCCACUGCGGCUCAUCUUCCAGGUUGCGAAGCAAGAAGGUGUCGGUGCUUUAUAUACCGGAUGCACGACUCUCAUUGUUGGGACCACGGCGAAAGCUGCUGUCCGAUUUGUGUCAUACGAUACAAUCCGCAAUUCCCUAGCAGAUGAGCGUGGCGUUCUCUCACCUGGUCGGGGUAUGCUGGCUGGAAUGACUGCAGGUGCAGUAGAAAGUGUACUAGCAGUGACGCCCACAGAGAGGAUCAAAACUGCCCUAAUCGAUGACGCGAAGGGAGCUCGUCAAUUCAAAUCCAGUUUCCACGCAACAAAGUUAUUGGUUCAAAGACAUGGUAUCACAGAGCUUUAUCGAGGUCUUGUAUCCACAAUGAUGAAGCAGUCGGCCACCUCGGCGGUGCGUAUGGGGACGUACAAUAUGCUGAAGGAGACCAUCAAGGCCAAAGGAAUCAAAACGAACAUGUUCACGACAUUCGGCAUCGGCGCCGUAGCUGGUGUUGUUACGGUUUAUGCGACACAGCCGUUUGACACUAUCAAGACACGAGCACAGGGUGUCCAGGGCGCCGGCAUUAUGGAGGCCUCCAGGAGUGUGAUCAAAGACUAUGGAAUCCGGGGAUUCUGGAAAGGCAGUUCGAUGCGACUGGGUCGUCUCCUUUUGAGUGGCGGAAUCGUGUUCUCUGUCUAUGAAGAGGUGUCGGCAAUUUUGUCGCCCGGAUCACAUAGAUGA